UCAGCUUCAAAACACACCCAGGACAAGUAACUUUAAUGUUAGAAAUUAACAUGUAAAAACCGUGACUGUCGUGUGUGCUUUUACGGAAACCGAACACCUUAAUAUUCUGUAUCCAUCUAUCAACAAAAUGUUUUAGAAAGACCCCGAGGAAGAAGUCAAUCAGUCACCGCCUCUGAAGAAACCUCUGUCCAGCAAGCUGAUAAGUCGUUGAUUUGAUCAUCAUUCGGAAUUCAUGUGCAGCUACAAAAAAAGAUUUUUCUCUCUACUACUGCUGGUCUUGUGUCGAUAGCUAAUCGUUGCAACGUCGCCCAAAAUUUCUCAGCUUGCUUAAGUAAAAUUAAGCAAAUCGCUUUUGUGUAAUCGUUAGCAGCACAGCGCUGUCUUGACCGUAGUGUCGGAAAUCAACGUUAAAGCUUUAACCAUGGAUAACACAGCCUCCGGAAUGUUCUGCAAUAGAAUGCUGAGCAUGGUAAAUUCCGAGGAUGUAAACGCCAUUAUUCAAGCCCAAAGACACAUGCUGGAUCGCUUUGAGAAGACUAAUGAGAUGCUUAUAAAUUUCAACGGCUUAUCCAACGUGCGACUUCAGCAAAUGAAUGAGCACUUCCUGCUCCACACUCGUACUCUGGUGGAGAUGAAGAAGGACCUGGACAGUAUCUUCAGACGCAUAAGAGCAUUAAAAGGAAAGAUUGCCAAACAGUAUCCAGAUGCCUUUAGCAAUGUCCACGAGUCGCCCGUCCUCGAAGACGAUGACGACGAGUUCGAUCACGUCCCCCCCAGCGUGGCCACCACCGCGACCACCACGGCCACGUCCGAACAAAGCACAGAGUCGUGCGACUCCAGCCCCGAUAUCAUCUCGCCGACAAUCAGCCGAUGCUCUGAAGAGCUGUCGCAGGAGCAGCCUGACACACCCACCUCUGAUGGUGCAGAGAAAGCAGUGUUGCAGGAUGAGGGGCCCGACUCAGCUGAAGUGUAGAGCCCUAAACUGGAUGCCUCAU